ACUGCCAUUUGAUUGUUAUUGAUUGAAUUGAAUCAAGAAAAAUUGUUGUUGAUGAUAAUGAUGAAUUCUGAAGGUGAUUUUAAUCAAAAUAAUGAUGAUGAUGAUGAUGAUGGAGUUGAUAAUCCGAUCUUAAAUGAACCAAAAUCAAAUGAUGAUGAAGAUGAUGAUAAUAUAGAAACAAAAUGUUAUCGUCGUAUAUUGAAUGCAACCGAUAUGGAAAUGUGGAUUCAUUCGGAAGCAUAUCGUGAUUAUUUAAAUUUCAUUAAAUUAUUAAAUGAAUUUGCCAAAGGUGUACAUAAUCGAAAAUUUCAAUCACGUGAUGAAGUUAAUGAUGAAUAUCUUUGUAAUGUAAUAAGAUUACUUGAUAAUCUUGGUGAACUUUGUGAUCAAAUUGAACCGAUUAAUGAUGAUAAAAAUCAAAGAUUCGGUAAUAAAGCUUAUCGUAUAUGGUUUGAUGAAAUGUUAUCAAAUAUUCGUAAUGAAUUAGUCAAUAUUUUUGGUCAUGAAUAUGGUUCAGAAUUAUCAUAUUAUCUGGCCGAUUCAUUUGGUAAUAAAGUUCGAAUCGAUUAUGGAACUGGACAUGAAAUGUGUUUCAUUAUAUUCUUGAUGGGCAUCUAUAAACUUGUUUUAAUACCAAAUGCACUUGAAAAAUCUGAUGGUGAAACAUUAUCACGACAGAUUUUUCAAUCAUUUAGUCAUCAAUUAUUGAAUAUUUUUGCAUUAACUUAUAUGCCCUUAGUACGAAAAAUACAGUUACGUUAUUGUCUUGAACCGGCCGGUUCACAUGGUGUUUUUUCAUUGGAUGAUUUUCAAUUUUUACCAUUUUAUUUUGGUUCAGCACAACUGAUUGAUCAUCCUACUAUUGAUCCAGGUUCAUUUCCACAGGCAAAUAUUGCCAAUCAAUAUCAAAAUGAAUAUAUUUUUCAUUCAGCUGUAAAUUUUAUACAUCAGGUGAAAAAAGGUCCAUUUGCUGAACAUUCAAAUCAAUUAUGGAAUAUAAGUGGUGUACAAGAUUGGUCAAAAAUUAAUAGUGGUCUUUUUAAAAUGUAUUGUAAAGAAUAUCUACCUAAAUUUCAAAUUGUUCAACAUUUAGUAUUUGGACCAAAAAUUUUAAUUUGGAAACGUUUAUCAAAAUGAUUUGAAAAAUUAUCAUUAUCAUCCUUUUGAAUUUAAACUUUCUUAUGCACAUUCUAUGUUUUCGUCACCAACGAACUAAUCUAGUUUUUUUCCUUUCAUUUUGUUCCUCUUAUUGUCAAAAAAUGUUUUGUUAUUAGACAUCCUUAAUAAAAGAAAACGAUGAAGAACAGCAGCAAUUUUUUCUUUGUAAAACACUCUACAGGUGGCUCGGUGAUGAUC